AUGACUCCUCCGCCGCCGCGUACUGUUGAUGAACUUGAACGUCUUUUCGAAGAACGCCUUACGCAAAUGCAGAUUCAGCGUAAUACUGACAUGGAGGAGAUUCGCACCAUGCUUCGAGCUCAAGCUGAUCAUAGUUCUCAGGACUCAAACGGCCGCCAUAGCUCCGGUGGACAUGGUGCCGGUAAUCAUAAUUUGUACUCUACCCGAAUAUCCAAGGUGGAAUUUCCCAGAUUUAAUGGUAAAAACGUUCGUGAAUGGCUCUACAAGUGUGAUCAAUUUUUCCUCUUAGACGAAACUCCGGCAGCGUCGCAAGUGCGCCUCGCUUCAAUUCACCUUGAUGGCUUAGCUCUACAAUGGCAUUUGAACUACAUGCGCCAGAAGUUUGAUGUUUAUCCUCCAUGGCAACAAUAUGUUAAUGACGUUACCACUCGAUUCGGUGAAGCAUAUGAGGAUCCCCUUUCUUCUCUUUUACUGAUCAAACAUACAUGCAAGAUUCAGGAGUAUAUCGAUCAAUUUGAGCUGGCUCUGACACAGGUAAACCUGAUCCCAGAGCAUUCUCUUAGUAUUUUUCUAGCGGGACUUGAGCACAACACUCAGAUGCAUGUUAGAAUGUUCAACCCCUCAUCUAUUGCUCACGCAGCUAAUCUCGCUAAGUUACACGAAGCUGCGAACCCUAACCCAUCACGAAAUCCAUCCCGUUUUCACAAUUUCACUAAAAAUCACGGUUUACUUCCUAAACCUCUUUCACCAUCUGCGUCUUCCACCUUAUCUUCCUCCGCAACUGUAUCUCCAAAUGAAACUAGAGCUGUUCCACCAAACCCCACAUCUAAAACUACUCCUCUUCGUACUAAUCGCACUUUUUCUGCCGUCGAAAUGGCCGAACGUAGAGCCAAAGGAUUAUGUAUGUUUUGUGAUGAGCUCUUUACUCCAGGUCACCAAUUCAAACACAAACGCUCUCAACUUAUGGUGCUUGAGCUUGAUGAAGAUGAAUCAACAGAGGAUAUUCCUGUUCCCGAGAGCGAGUCCCUUCACGAUUUUGAAAACCCCCAAUUAUCAUUGCAAGCCUUGACUGGUAUUGCUAAUUACCAUACUAUGCGUGUUACCGGGUUACACGAUAAGAGACUUCUUCAUAUUCUUCUUGACAGUGGCAGUACACACAACUUUCUGGAUUUGGAGGUUGCAAAGUCACUUGGCUGCAAGUUAGAAGUUAUUUCCCCUUUAACAGUUACUGGUGGUGGUCGCCAUCAACUGCAAGCGGCAUUCAUUUGUAGAAGCUUAAAAUGGAAAUUACAACAAACUCAGUUCACAGCUGAUGUGAUUGUGUUACCACUGGUGUGUUGUGAUUUGAUUCUAGGGAUUCAAUGGUUGAGGUCUUUAGGUCCUAUCCUUUGGGACUUUGACAAGUUACAUAUGGAAUUCCAUCUACAGGGCAGAAAAUUUGUGUUAAGAGGUGCAAAGGUACCUAGUCUCAAGUUGAUUGAUAACAAGUCUUUUGCUCAUGUUGUGAAAAAGGGUGCUGAACUAUGUUUUUUAACCAUUAAUAAUGAAAAUUCUAGUCUCAGGUUGCCUACUUGCCAUGUUAUGAGUUCAUCAGAGAUCAAUUCAGACAUUCCACCGCCUAUUAUUGACUUGCUAAAUACCUAUGCAGAAAUAUUUGAAGAGCCAUCUCAUCUACCCCCUACUCGUCCGGGAUUUGAUCACAAAAUUCCUCUUAAAGAAGGGGUCGAGCCUUUCAAUCUGCGUCCCUACCGUUUUUCUUCGGUUCAAAAGACUGUAAUCGAUAAAUUAGUGCAGGACAUGCUUGAUCAAGGAAUUGUGCAACACAGUACAAGUCUGUUUGCUUCGCCCACUAUUUUGGUAAGAAAGAAAGAUGGAUCAUGGCGUCUAUGCGUGGAUUUCCGAAGGCUUAAUGAGUUGACUAUUAAAGAUCGUUUUCCAAUUCCCUUGAUCGAAGAUUUGAUGGAUGAACUUAAUGGCUCGGUGGUGUUUUCCAAACUGGAUAUGCGGUCAGGGUACCAUCAGUUGCGCAUGGCACAGGGGGACGAGCAUAAAACCGCCUUCAAGACUCAUAGCGGUCACUAUGAAUACUUGGUGAUGCCCUUCGGUCUCACGAAUGCACCAGCCUCUUUUCAAUUGUAG